AUGGCAAGCUGCCCGUACGCUGCGUUCCAAUCGACGCUCACGACAGAGGCGCGCUACUGCGGCGCGGCGCUGCCGUGCGUCGUCGAUGCGUCCUGCAUUACGACGGCGACAGUGGCGGCCACGGGCCGCGUCCGCAACAUGGUCCACCUUGGCGAUCUCUCGCACUGGCCCGCAAGCCGCAUGCACUUUGACGGGAGCGUUAACUUGAGCCUCGUUGAUACGGUCUUGCCGGCCGCCAACGUGACUGGACUGUACUUGACAAACUGCGGGUUGACCGACUUGCCACCGUCGCUCGUGCUUCCGCGCGGCCUCGAAUACUUGAGCUUGAGUUUCAACAACCUGACGCGGUACCCGAGCAGGCUUCCACGUGGCCUGCACGCGCUGUCGCUCUAUGGCAACCAGCUGACGGAGCUCAACAACCUUACCAUUGCCGCCGACUACUUCGACGCAGCGAGCAACCGUAUCGGGUCGUUGACCAACGUCUCGUUCGACUGCGAGAUCGUUAAGCUCGGCGGUGGCUCGUCUGGCAACCCCAUUUCGUCGCUAGUCAACGUGACCUUCUCGCGCCGUCUGGCCAACCUGGACUGCGGCUCGUGCAACGUGUCCAACUUUGUUGUCGACAGCGCGUCGUACUUGGCCUUGUCCCGUGCGAUCGUGCAGUUUGGUGCGAUCGCCUUCAACACCACCGGUUGCACCGCAGUCGGCGGCGGCGCCAAGCCGCUCUACAACAGCUCCGUCUGCGUCACGCCGUCGGUCCGCGACGACACAAUCGUCUUUGCUGCGUCCAGCGCAUCGACGUCGACCUUGAUUCUUGUCAUCGUCGUCCUGGUCGUUGUGCUUUUGGGACUCGCACUUGCACUCUUCUGCCUCUGGAAGCGCCGCCAGAGCCCGCCGACACCAAAGACCAUCGGGCACCUCAACGUGCGGGCGCCGAACGUCAUGAACCGCGUGUCGCCGACGGCGACGGCCAAGCUCAACCCGAUCUUGGAAGCGCUGGCAUCGGUGCGGCUGCCGUUUGAAGACGUCAUGCUCCUGCGCAAGCUCUCGGAAGGCGCGUUCGGCGAAGUCUGGAAGGGCACGCUCCACUCGGAGAUUGUCGCUGUCAAGAAGCUGCUGCCGCACAAGGCCGAUGUUGAAGACGCCAUCCAAUUCAUUGAUGAAGUCAAGCUCAUGGCCGAGUUCAAGAGCCCAUACAUUGUGGCCUUGCGUGGUGCUGCGUGGAACAACCCCGUCGAGCUCUUCGCGGUCAUCGAGUACAUGGACAAGGGCGAUCUGAAGGACUACCUGGCACAAACGACACUGGACCAAGUCAGUUGGGCCGAGAAGCUCGAGAUUCUUCGGCCCAUCGGACGCGGCCUCGCGUAUCUCCAUGAACGCAAGGUCAUUCACCGCGACCUGAAAUCGCGCAACGUCCUCCUUGACGCGAAGAAAGGGGCCAAGCUCAGCGACUUUGGUGUCUCCAAGGCCGAGAGUGAGAAUACCAUGACGUGUGGCGUCGGGACAUAUCGCUGGAUGGCACCCGAAGUGCUCCAGGACUCGCAUUACUCGGUGGCUGCCGACGUCUACUCGUUUGGGAUGAUCAUUGCCGAAAUGGGCACGCACAUGACCCCGUAUGCGGAUUUGAAGAACGCCAAGGGACAGCCGGUGGUCGACACGGCCAUCAUGGCCAUGCUCAUCCAAGGCACGAUCGAACCGACUUUCUCGGACGCCUGCCCCGCGCCGCUCCGCGCACUCGCCACGCGCUGUACCUUGCGUAUCGCGACGGACCGACCGGCGGCCGAGGACCUCGUCCAUGAGCUCGAUGCCAUGACGCUCUAAGCCUCGAUACGACAAGACGUGUGUGUUAAAUCCAACGAAUCUAGACACGAAACUUGCAC